AAAAUUAAGAAUUUGAAGGAUGCAUUUAGAAAUGAAGUGAACAAAGUGAAGAAGUCUAAAAAAAGUGGAGCAAUAGCUGACAAUGUAUAUACACCAAAAUUAGCUUGGUAAGGAAAGGAAGCUGACUCUUUUUUGAGUAAUGUCAUGUCUUGUCGAGAAUCAGUCGCCAAUGUGGGUCAAUCAAUGACAACAGAGAAUUUAAUAGAAGAGGAUGACAAUGACUUUAUCGACAAGAAUGAAGACAAAAACAAUCUCAACGAAGAAAAUGAUCAAAUUUCUGAAUUACAGAAUGGUACUUUGCAUGCUGCUUCUGUAAUAUCACAAGAGAAAGUAAUUAUCAAGAGGAAGCAUUCGCCUAUGAUGGCUACGGAAACUUUGAAGAAUAAUUUGACGAAUAAAGUUAAAAAAAAUUCUUCGAGUUUUCAAAAUGCCGUUUUACAACUUCAUGAAAUUACUCAAAUGACAACGGAAAUCAACAACGAAUAUGAAUGCUUUGCGAAAUACAUUACGUCUCAACUUAAACAGCUACCAUUGAGAAGUUUUGUUGUAUUACAAGAAAAAAUACAAAGUCUUAUUACUAAGAUUAAUGCCGGAUAAAGAGUUCUGUGUUAUUGGUAAUCGAUCAACUAUACGAUCUGGAACAGUACAAUGUGAAAAAGAUGAAGAAGAUCCUUUUGACUUGGAUAAGUUUUUAGAACAAACAAAACAUAUUGAUAAUUCAACAAAUCUAACGAAACAAUUUAAGGAUGAACGAGAUCAUCAACGUCGUGGGAAUCGUAACAAACGAAGAAAAUAUUAAUCAGUUGAAAAAUCGUUUCUAUGAGGACAAGUGGAAGUGAUUUGCGUAUAACAAAAAUAUAAAUAAAAAGUCCACGAUAAGGAUGCUAUUUAAAUCAGUGCGACUAUCAGUCCUUUUUUUUUUGUUUUUUUUUUUCCUUCUAUGAAUAGAAGAAACGAGUAGAAAUAAAAAGGAAGAUAUGAAGUUACAUGACGUUAAAUAAGAAAGGCAAGACGAAGGAAAGAUUUUAUAUAAAUGAAGAAGCAUUGUUUAUUCAGCCAAUCAAUUAACGGAUGAGAUGUAAUUAAAAAAUUUCUUCAAAGUCAGUUUCCUUGUGUUCGAUAUCGUAUGAUAACAAUAAUGCCAUACGAAGAAGAAUGGAAUCCGCUUAUUAUCAUACAUUGGAAAAAUUAAAGUUCAAUGAAAUUCGAAUGUUAUAAU